AUGCAGCUCACACUGCCUUGGUGCUUAAGACUCAUGCGGGUGCAGCGCAUCUUUUCCUAUUCGACAUGGCUGGACAAGGUGCUUCUGCUUGUAGCCGUCUUGACCUCCAUCGGGGCUGGUGUUACCAUGCCUGUCAUGAAUAUGAUCUCCGGUCGCAUGGUUGGCUCAUUCACCGGAUACUUCAGCACAGAUGCCGCCACGACGUAUGAGAUGUUUGAGAACGCCAUCCGGACCUGCGCCUUAUACCUUGUCGGCUUGUUCUUCAUCAGGCUUGCUUUGGACUACGUGGCAUAUGCUUCGACCACGGCCAACGAGAUCUUCAGCUCCGUCAGGAUAAUUGCCGCGUGCGGAGCGGACGAAAGGAUGGCCCGGAGGUAUGCGACUUGGGUCGAUGAAUCCCGCCGCCGGGGCUUGAAGAUGUCUCCGCUCAUUGCGCUGCAGCAGGCGCCAGUCCAGUUUGCAGUCUACAGGGUUCUCAUGUCGGUCAUGCUGAUGACGACGUCGAUCGGCGGCAUCACGGGUCCUCUGUCGGCCGCUGCUCGAGCUGCGGGUGCGGCGACAGUCUUCUAUACCAUCAUUGAUGCCCCGAAGCCAGACAAGUCUGGGGUCCAACAUCCUGAAGUAUCCGCUGCGGAGGACAUCGUGCUCGAUCACGUCAAUUUUGCGUAUCCCACAAGGCCGGAUCUCAGGAUUCUCGAUGAUUUAAGCCUCAGGUUUCCGUCUGGCAAAGUCACUGCCAUUGUUGGGCCAUCCGGCUCGGGGAAAAGCACAAUUGUUGGUCUCCUAGAGCGAUGGUAUGAGAUCGAGGCUCCUGACAGUAACCACCCGGUACGUCUGGCCUGGCGCAACGGCUCCAUCACGAUUGGUGGCCGACCGUUGAGAGAGGUUGAUCUGAAGUGGUGGAGGAGGCAGAUCGGCCUUGUUCAGCAGGAGCCAUUCCUCUUCAACAACACCAUCUACGCAAAUGUCGAGUUCGGGCUCAUCGGCACAGAAUGGGAAGACGCUGAAGUGAAGACAAAGAAGCAGCUUGUAAAACAGGCUUGCGUGGAAGCUUUUGCAGAUGAGUUCAUCAGCCGCCUGCCGGAUGGAUAUUCCACCGUGAUAGGGGACGCCGGGAUCAAGCUCAGCGGUGGCCAACGCCAGCGCUUAGCCAUCGCGAGGAGCAUCGUCAAGCGCCCGAAAAUCCUGAUCCUUGACGAAGCCACGAGCAGCAUCGACGUCCGUGGCGAGCAAAUGGUACAAGCGGCACUGGACAGGGUUUCCAAGAAUCGCACAACGCUGGUGAUUGCGCAUCGCCUAACCACUAUCAGGAAAGCGGACAACAUUGUUGUUCUCCGCAAGGGCAGGGUCGUCCAGCAGGGGACGCACGAGAGCCUGAUGAAGGAGGAAGGGGGUGUCUACUGGACCUUGGCUACCGCUCAGCAGCUCACUCUGGGAGCCGAAGAACAGCUUGACGACAUGGUGCAGAAUCGCGACGCGGGAAUAAGCGAGAAGACGAGCAUGGCCACCAUCGCCACAGGCACCACGCUUGUAGAGAGCACGGCCGCGUUGGACGGCGAUUUCGUUGACCGGACGAAAGUCCGCGGAUUUUGGGGCAGUUUUGGCUUGCUGCUCCGUGAGCAGAAGCACCGGACGAAGUGGUAUUCCAUACUGCUCCUCAGCGCCUUGGGCGGUGGAGCCAGCCAGCCGAUCCAGGCGUACCUGUUCGCCACCGAGCUCACUCUUUUUCAGUUCUGGGGCCCUUGGCUCCAGGCCCUGGCAAACUUCUGGAGUCUGAUGUUCGUCAUGUUAGCCCUCUUCGUGGCGAUCAGUUAUUUCGCCCUGGGUUGGUCUUCAUCCACCCUCGCUUUUCAUAUCACCCACUACUACCGUGGCGAGUACUUCCGAAACAUUCUCUCCAAAUCUGUGGCCUUCUUCGAUGCGGACGACCACUCUGUCGGUGCCCUCACAGCUCGGUUGGCCACGGAUCCCAGCCUGCUCCAGGAGCUGCUGGGCACGAACCUGGCCUUCGUGAUUAUCUCAUUCUUGAAUGUCGUCGGGUGUUUGGCCAUUGCCUUCUACUUUGGGUGGAAGCUCUCCAUCAUCACUCUCUGUUCGUCCAUGCCUGUCAUCUUCGCAGCGGCAUUCUUCCGGAUACGAUAUGAGACACAGUUUGAGAAGAUGAACAACAAGGUCUUCGCCGAGAGCGCCAAGUUUGCCACGGAAUCGAUUGGCGCCUUCCGGACCGUCUCGGCGCUGACGCUCGAGGACACCAUUAUCCGCCGCUACGAGACCCUCCUCCAAACGCAUAUCAGACAGGCUCUCUGGAAGUCGAGCUGGACGACGCUGAUCUUUGCCGUGGCGGACAGUGUUGCCCUACUUUGCAUGGCAUUUGUGCUUUGGUACGGGGGAAACCUAAUGCUUAACAGAGAGUAUUCAUCGUUCCAGUACAUCGUGGUCUAUAUUGCCGCCCUUCAGGGAGGCCUGGGUGCCGGGCAGUGGUUGAGCCAUGGGCCAAACAUCGCGAAAGCAUCGGUGGCAGCCGGCCGAAUCAUCAACAUGAGGAACCAGGAUCAGGUCGAUGGGAAGCUCGUUUCUCUGGACGUUGGGGACAUCGGAGAUGACGAUAUGGGGGUGAAGAUCCAGUUCCAGAAUGUCUGGUUCCGAUACCCUACCCGAGAUGUUCCCAUCCUCAAUGGUCUCAGCCUGACGAUCGAGAAGGGCCAGUUCGCAGCAAUUGUUGGCCCAUCAGGAUCCGGGAAGACCACUAUCAUAUCUCUACUGGAGAGGCAGGUAACAACAGGAAAUCGCGACUUAUUCUACUCGCCGAAUGCGGGCCGCAUCCUGUACAACGGGUCCGACAUCUCCGAUCUUUGCUUGAGGACCUACCGCAAAGAUAUCUCGCUGGUAGCCCAGGAACCGAAUCUGUUCGAUGGGACGCUCCGGGAAAACAUUCUCCUCGGAGUGGACGAGGAGACAACCACCGAAGAGCAACUCCACCAAGCAUGUCGCGAUGCCGAGAUCCACGACUUCAUCGCUUCUCUUCCGGACGGCUACAAUACCGAAGUGGGCACGAGGGGCGUCACGCUGUCGGGCGGACAGAAACAGCGGCUUGCCAUCGCACGAGCACUGAUUCGAAACCCGCGGCUGCUGCUCUUGGACGAGGCCACGUCAAACCUGGACGCCGAGACGGAGAAGUCGGUGCAGGCGGUCUUCGAGAAGAACAAGAAGAACCGGACAAUGGUGGUCGUGGCUCACCGUUUGGCCACGAUUCAGAACGCGGAUGUGAUCUUCGUCCUGGCCGACGGCCGAGUGGUGGAAAAGGGGGACCAUGCCUCACUCCUGAGUAGGCGAGGGAUGUACUAUCAGAUGUGUCAAUCACAAGCCUUAGAUAGAUAG